AUGCUUGACCACUUUAUCAGUUUGGUCCAUCAUGACAACAAUACCCACGCCCAAUCAUAUAGAACAAGGCUCUUUACAUCAACAUUAUCAUACGCCCUUUCUUUUUACUUGUAUGCAUAUCAACAUCAACGGUCUUUGCUCACUUCAUUGCUUUACGCUGUGUUCCUUGAUGAGCCCUUUGGGACGCGUGCUCUCAAGGAUGCCUUGGAGUCAAAUCGUGACAAGGAAGCUGCUGUCAAUCGCGCUCUGAAGAAGUUGGAACAACGUGAUAACAUUGAAUCAGCGUAUCAAGAGUAUGUACCAUUUUCGCCAGCUGGGCUAAAGAAGGCAAUGUUGGUCAUACCUGAUGUCUUUGCUGGGCGCGACACCGUCAUUUCUUCGGUUGAAGAGGCACCAUACCCCAAUCACAAUACCCAAUCAUCUUGA